UUUUUCUUGGGUUGGUGUUUCAAUCUCUGCAUCAUCAUACUGCUGCUGCUACAGUGUACUCAUCACGUACACGUGUCCAACCCAUUUGACACAGAGAUGACGGUGAGAUCAUUAUCACCGUCAGUUGCACACCCUCCGUCGUUUGGAAUAUCGCGAAAUUCUAGAAUCUCCGCCGUUACAUUGAUUCGAUCGUCAUCAUCAGCAUCGUCGACCAUGGAGGGACAGCAGCCAAAGCGAGUGGUGGUUUGCGGCGGCGGAGUUAUUGGGGUUUGCACUGCUUACUUCCUAGCUAAAAAGGGCGCCGCCGUGACUCUUAUCGAGAAAUCCUCUGUGGCCUGUGCCGCCUCUGGCAAAGCCGGCGGCUUCCUCGCUUUCGACUGGUGCGACGGUGGGGCUGUCUCGAAACUCGCCAGGGCUAGCUUCAAUCUCCAUCGUUCACUCGCUCAGGAACUCGAUGGCCCUAGAUCCUACGGCUACAGACCUCUCGACACAAUCAGCCUCUCCAUCAACGAAGAACAGCGCCACUCCGCUGGUUCGACGCCCUCUAGCAACCCUGCCAUUCCUUCUUGGGUGGAUAGACCUUGCCGGAACCCUAGAACGAUCGGAACUACGGCAACCACGGCCCAAGUGCAUCCCCAGCUCUUUACCCGGACUCUGCUUUCGGCGGCGGUGGAUAAGCAUGGUGUGGAGGUGGUGAUUGGGAAAAUGGAGAGUGUGGAAGUGGAAGGAGGCCGAGUUGUGUCGGUGGCGCUACAAGGAGGCAGAGUGGUUGGGGCGGAGGCGGUGGUUUUGACUCUAGGCCCGUGGUCUUCAAGGUUGCCACUACUGUCAUCCCUGUUCAGAGUGUCUGGUCUCAAGGCUCAUAGCAUUGUUUUGGAACCUAAGGAGCCUGAUGCCAUAACCCCUCAUGCCCUCUUCCUUAGUUACUAUCCCUCCCAUGGAGGAGAACCCAUGGACCCAGAAGUGUAUCCUCGUCCUACAGGGGAGGUAUACAUUUGCGGAAUGUCAGCGGAUGCUGAGGUGCCUGAUGACCCAGAAUCGAUAGUGGGAGACCCAGAAUCGAUAAGGACCCUAAAGAGGGUGGCCGGAAAUGUGUCAAGCCAUUUGGUGGAAGGAGAAGCGAGAGUGAAAGCAGAGCAAGCCUGCUUCUUGCCCUGUACUGAUGAUGGUGUACCCAUAAUAGGGGAGGUUCCUGGUGUUAAGGGCUGUUAUGUGGCGACUGGCCACAGUUGCUGGGGGAUUCUGAAUGGUCCCGCCACUGGGGCUGCCGUGGCUGAGCUUGUGCUUGAUGGUUGCGCUUCUAUUGUUGAUCUCACCGUGUUUAGUCCAUCCAGAUUUGUUGGUGGCAGGAGGAGAUGAACGUAAAUGUACUGAAAUCUUUUCCCAAAUAAAUAAUCUUACUCUCUAUGUGAGGAGCAAUGAAUGGAUUGAAUUGAUCAAUAGCUUGAGUAUGAUUUAGUAAUGAAAUUAUGGGUGGACACGAUUUAA